AUGUCUUCAACUCAAGUAGAGACACCUCAAGUCGAUAAUUGCCCGUUAUGUGAUAAUAAACCCCGUUUCAUGCCCCUUUGGCUUCAAGAAAAUACGGAAACAUGGAUAAAAUGUGAUGUUUGUCUUGUUUGGUGUCAUGCGGCUUGUCUUAAACUUCCAACUGAAGAAUGUGAACGAAUUGAUGAAUAUCAUUGUCCAAAAUGUGCAAUAUCUCAUGGUCCAAGUACUUUUUUUCUAAAGUUAAUUGAUUAUCCAUUUGAAUUGUAA